AUGCCAAAGAAUAAUGAAAUGGUACAAAAGGAAAAUGAUAAAUGUCCUUGUAUUAUAGAUCAAAUUUUUACUGGAGGAUUGCAAAGUGAUUUAGUGUGUAAAAGAUGCAAUGGUGUCUCAACAACGAUAGAUCCAAUUUGGGACUUCUCUUUAGAUCUCGGACCCGUAACAUUAGGAGGCAGACAACCUUCUUCUCUUCAUGAAUGCCUUGAUAGAUUUACUAGAGCUGAACUUUUAGAAAAUAAGGAGAAAACCUUUUGUUCAAAUUGUCAAUCACAUGAAGAAUCUACUAAACAGUUUACUAUGAAGACUCUUCCUAUAGUUGUAUGUUUUCAUCUAAAGAGGUUUCAGCAUACAAAUGAGGUAAAGAAAAAAAUAUCUACAGUGAUAUCUUUUCCUGAAAUGUUAGAUAUGACACCUUUCAUGAGUAGAAGUAAAGAACAGACUUCUUUCCCCAUAGACAAUAGAUACUCAUUAUUUGCUGUUAUUAUUCACGUAGGUCCAACAAUAGAUAUCGGACAUUAUGUAGCGUACGUGAGACAACAACACGACUAUUGGUACAAAUGUGAUGAUGACGUCAUAACUAGAGCUAAUCUUAAAGAAGUUCUUGGAUCCGAGGGGUAA